GGGGCGCGGCGUCCCGUGCCGUGCGGUCGCGGCGCGGUGCCGGCGGCAUGGGCUGGGUGCCGGCGCAGGGGCGGCUGGCGGCGGGGCUGCUGGUGAACCUGGCCGCCUCCAUCUGCAUCGUCUUCCUGAACAAGUGGCUGUACGUGCGGCUGGGCUUCCCCAACCUCAGCCUGACGCUGGUGCACUUCGCCAUCACCUGGCUCGGCCUCUACCUCUGCCAGGCGCUCGGCGCCUUCGCCCCCAAGAGCCUGCGGGCCGCCCAGGUGCUGCCGCUGGCGCUCAGCUUCUGCGGCUUCGUCGUCUUCACCAACCUCUCGCUGCAGAGCAACACCAUCGGCACCUACCAGCUGGCCAAGGCCAUGACCACGCCGGUCAUCGUGCUCAUCCAGAGCCUGGCCUACGGCAAGAGCUUCCCGCUCCGCAUCAAGCUCACCCUGGUGCCCAUCACGCUCGGCGUCUUCCUCAACUCCUACUACGACGUGAAGUUCAGCGCCCUCGGCACGGUGUUCGCCACGCUGGGCGUCCUGGUCACCUCUCUCUACCAAGUGUGGGUUGGAGCAAAGCAGCAUGAAUUGCAGGUAAACUCCAUGCAGUUGCUGUACUAUCAGGCACCAAUGUCCUCGGCCAUGCUGCUGUUCAUCAUUCCCUUCUUUGAACCAGUCUUUGGAGAAGGGGGCAUAUUUGGGCCCUGGACGCUUUCUGCUGUGAUAAUGGUACUGCUGUCUGGUGUGAUAGCCUUUAUGGUAAACUUGUCCAUUUACUGGAUCAUUGGGAAUACAUCGCCUGUCACAUACAACAUGUUCGGACACUUCAAGUUCUGCAUCACCCUGCUGGGAGGGUGCCUCUUGUUUAAGGACCCCCUGUCAGUUAACCAAGGCCUUGGCAUUCUGUGCACGUUGUUUGGCAUCUUAGCCUACACGCACUUCAAGCUUAGCGAGCAGGAAAGCAGUAAGAGUAAAUUGGUUCAGCGUCCAUAAAGCAGGGCUUUCUGGGGCUUAGUAAUGUUAUGUUGUGAGGGACAACGACUAUUUAAAUCUGCAUUGAUUCUAGAAUGCACAGAAUCGCCUCAUUCAUUUAGAACGGUGGCUUUAAUUUAACUGCCAGGAUGGUUAUUCUGUAACUAAAGCAAACAAACUGAAUGAUGUGAAAUGUCAGGGUUCUCCUAUCUCGCUCUGUCCGAUCAUUUUCAUUACAUUUAAGUGGUAACUUAACAAAGAACUUGGCACGCUUCAAAUUGCUGUGGAAAUGUUACUGCAGUCAUUAUAUUUUUUGCAUACCAAAUGAGAUGGUGGUGGCUGCUGUUAUGAGACAGAGAAGUAAUGUCACAUUUGCAAUCAUGCCUGUACUGUGAUCUGAAGAAACUUGGAGGCACUGUAAUGCAGAUGUUCUGGUUCCUAGCGAUGCUUCCUCCCUUUUGUCUGGUAGGUGACAGAGGGGAAAUCUCCCAUGUUUUGUUGUUGUAAUGAGGGCUCUGAGCUCAUUCCUAUUUCUUGUAUGCUUGACUUGAAUGCGUUGACAAAUGAGGGGAGACACUGGAAAACUUGAAGCCCCAGGCCAAGCUGUAGAUAAACAUGAAAAGAGAUCUAAACAGCUAUCUUUGGUUUUUCUUCUAACCUGUCAGGGCAUCGACUCAUUCAUUAGUGUUUUUAGAAAACCUGCUACCGCUUCAUGACUUUCUCUUUGCCAAAACAAGGCUUGACGUGAGAUGGCGAGCCUGCUAAAAUCUCUGAUUUCGUGCUGGUCGCCAAAUGCUUUGCAGCACAUGCAGGUGGGCAGCCGUGCUCAGAAUAGCCGUGGAGGAACAUCGCGAAGGGUCGCUGAGCGCGGCGAGAUGCGGGCCCUGAAGCGCACUGAUGCGGCUGGAGGGUGUGAUUUGGGAUUGGUGGCUCUGUGCUAAUUCAGGAACGCUUUGCAAAUGACUUUGUGCCAGUACCAAGCGCUGAUAUGACAGCAUGGGAAGAAGAAGUUGAGUACUGUUCUAUUUUAAAUACGACGUAAAAAAUAAAUGCGCUCAGUAAAUCUGGUGAAAGCAUAUGUUCUCUAGAUUUGCAAGGUUAGAAUUGAUUUGCAGUAUCUUCUUACAUUUUGGGGUUUGUUUCAUCUUCAUCUACCUCUAGCAGAUUUAAAGAGGGGAAUUACAUGAACACAAACAGGUAUGAAAGUUUACAACCCUGGACAGAAAUAUGUAGUUCCUAGGAGCUAAGUCUUUGUGUAAGAAACAACGUACAUCUUCUGAAGCAUAAAAAUUACUUACUCUGUUACACAGUUCUCCAUUUUAGAAAUAAAUAUUAUUCUGUGUAACCUGCAUUUGCACUGCAACACAUAACAUUUCAGAGUUAGAAAUACCUGAAUAACUUUACAUCUCUAUCGUUUCUUAGACAUUGUUCUGGUCCAAGGAUAAAUUUUUGUAUACCUUUUUGUAAUUCUAUAAUUAGUUUAAAAAUGGAGCCUAGACUGCUGAGAGAUGUGUUCAGACAGGACAGUCUCUGGAUGCACAUCUUUCAGUAAGGGCUCUGAGAAAACCAUUUGCAUUAAUUUGUGCUGUGCACAAGUUCUUCUAAAAUGUAGACAGGCCAUAAAGAUUCCAAUGGUUUGGGAACGGCGACUGAAUUAGAAGUCUGUAUGACAGCAGCGUGUGAGAUGGGACUGAUGUACACACAAAGUGGUAAAAUGAACAGAACAAAGACAAAAGACUCUGUAGGGAGAGGAGCAGAUCCACAGGAGAAAGCAAGUGGUAUCGUGUAAAACGGAACUUUACAAAUACUGACUGAUUCUGGGACAUAUCAGUCAUGUCAGUCACCUGCGUGACGUGAUUGUUUCUGUAUGUUCAGGAACUCUCCCUUGAGAUGUACCUAUUGUCCCUAGCUAAUAAAGUAUCUUGAACUACUUUUGCCAUAUGAUUCAAAAUGUUAACUGUGGGAAGCUUGUGUAAUUGCUGGGUAAGUGAUCUCUUUAUAUGUAUUGUUUCUUUGGAUGCCAUGUGUAAGGUGGAAAUAAAUUUUUAACGCUUGACCAAUCCCUGCAUAUUGAGGAGGAGAACUGUCCUCAUCUUUCUCAUCUCCUGUUUGUGCUUUCAGAGUAUAGGUGUGUGUAAAACAAAAUAGUAUCGCUUGGGUUUCUGUCUGAAUAACUUAAGGGGAAUUUGCAUGUUUUGGGACUGAGCUCAUGGCACAUGAGAAAGGCUGCGUGCUUCCCCUCCCUGUGCAAGAUCAUGGACCACACACAUAUGUAUGCACGUGCUUGCACACAUUCAGGCUGCCUGUGUGCUUCUAUUCACUCCCUUCUCAAUAUCCGCCCCAAAAUCCUUUCUGAAUGCCCCAGUCCCUGCAUGUCUCUCUUCCUUUCUGUCCUGCACCAAGAUCCCUAGUGCAGAGCUUCUCUCUGCAGAGGUACUGUGUGUUUUUUCCUGACUGCUCAGGCUUCAUCCUCGUCCCACUGCAGAGAUGGCCCUAUGCUCUCUGGAUGGUGCUGGUGAAGAAUGGUGCAGAAAAAUCACUGGUACUUAUCUAGGGGGAGAGAUGCUUGCUCUGGUUUUUACUGCUUUGUUUUCCUGCUCGUUAUACAUAUUUAAUUCAGUAUUGGCUUUCAUCAAAGAGAAACCAGAGUUUGGCAUCAUUGACAAUCUGUAGUGUCACCCUAUGCGUGCCUUCACAUUUGAAGCCAUACUGUACAAAUCAUGGUAUUUACUUUCUAGGGGAAAAACUAGCUUAGAUAUGAGGGUGACAUUUAAAAAUGAGAGCAGAUGCAGAUGAUCCCAAUUAGUUUACCCCACCAGUGAGUCGUGUUUUAUCUUUGCUCAAUAAUGCUGUCCCCGCAAAUACUGCAAAUGCAGAUGCCAAGUUUUCUCAUUUUCCCCAAAGCAAUAGGAAAUGUGCCUUCACCAAUGGACAGAUUCUCAGUACAAAGCUUGGUGUUAGCACUAGCUUUGAUAACUCAGCACUUUUCUUACAGAUUUUGCAUCUGGUUUUGUGUGUGUUCCUGCAGGCUCUGGGAGGCACUGUGCCAGAGGAGUUUUCCUGUUGCUGGGUGAGCAGCUUCUCUUUCAGGCAUGAGGUUGAAGGAGGGUGGUGUGCUGCUGCUAAACCUAUCAAAGAGUCGUUUGUUCUCCAGGAAAUCCACCUUCAGACAGAGCUUCAAUUCAGCAGGAAUGCAUCCUCUCUCUGUCUCAUUCCAUGAAAUGAAUGCCCAGCGACAGCUAAACCAGCCUGAAAGCUUUGUUUGGGCUGCCCAUAUUAGUAAACUUUAUCUGAAAGUAGUAGGCCUAUGUAACAGGAGAUUCAGAAGACUGUUAUAGCAUUUUGGAGUACAGGUAAUAUCUAACCAAUGUCUAGUUUGCAUUAUCUGCAAAUUCUAUCAGAAGGAAAUGUUGGCUCUGUUAAUAGGCUGUUUGCAUUUACAGGGUUGAGCUGCUGAGAAGAGCUGCACCUGAGCAGUACCGUGCUUCCAAAGACUGGCAUGCUGUCCUUAAAUUUAGCAGUGAUUUAUAAACAUCCUGCAAUUCAGCAGCAUACUCAAGAAGGGAAAAAGCAGGCUCGCUCUGAUAGGUGAGAGAGCUUUGUAUCUUCUUGGGAUUUGACAACAAACGUGGGACUUGCAGUUCAAAGGAAUUCAGAGAACAAGCCUGACUGUCCCUCAAUUUACCUUUUUUUUUUAAGAUUUUUCUCCCAGGAUGUCUGUUCUGCUCCCCAUUGUGCAGUCGGUUAUUUCAUCUGGAUUUUAAAAGAAGUGUAUUUUGGUUUACAGACCUGGGGCGUUAGCUUAGGUUGGUUUGAGGGUUUUUUUUGCCUCUCAAUGUUUUUUUUUUUUUUUGUAGCCAUUCAUAACCCGACUUCCUUGUUUAAUUAAAAACAAAAGAGGAAGGGGGAGUAAAGUAAAGUUAGAGUGGAUAAGUAGUGAAGAUACCCUUUGUUUUGCAAAACCUCACUCUAGCUGGGACAGUGCAGUUCUGUUAGCCCCUACAGUAUUGUCAUGUAGAUACAAAGAAGCACCGCAUUUCUAUUGCAUAUAGGUUCUCCUCCUGCUGGUACUCUGAUAGCAAUCUCAGCCUUCCAUUUGACGGCUCAGUUGCUAAAAGGAUAGAGAAGGUAAAGAACAUGAAGUAAAAAACCAUCAACAGGAGCCAGUACAAUCUUGGGUAAUGAGAAAUCCUACUGUAAUACAUAGAGCCAUUACACCAGACAGAUCCAUGCUAAGCAUAAGGGAGAGCUGUUGGUUUACCUCCCAACAGGUAUUGCAAAAAUUGAGUUGAAUGAAUUCUUGCUAUGCUGUAGUAGUUGACAUACUGAGCUUAAACUAACUGUUAAUAAUAAUUGAACACAUGAAUGCAGUGCAAAAAGAAAUAAAUAGCUGGAUUCAGUCAGUAUCAAA